AUGCCAAAACGUAAUUUUAAAAGAAAUAACAAAAAAGACACUAGUUUUAAGAGACAAAAUACAGAAGAUCAAUCAAAUCCAACCUGGAAAGAAGUUGAAAGAGAUAAUGCAAAUUGGGAAAAAUAUUAUAAAUCAAUGAAUAUAAUACCAGAUCAGGAAUGGGAGGAAUUCAAAAAGGCUUGUCAAUCUAAUUUACCAAUGACUUUUAGAAUAACAGGAAAUAGAAAACAUGCAGAAGAAAUUAGAAAUAUAUUUUUGGAAAGGCAUGUUAAGAAUUUACAAGGUAAAGAAUAUGAAGGAAUUGAUAUCACCCCAAAACAGAUUGAGUUUUAUCCAAAUGAAUUAGGUUGGCAAAUUGAUGUUAGUAAACAAAUUAUUAAAAAGCAAAAAGAUUUUGCCAAAACUCAAAGAUUCUUGGUCAUUGAAACUGAAGUUGGGAACAUAAGCAGACAAGAAGCAGUAUCAAUGAUACCUCCAUUAUUAAUGGAUAUUAAACCUGAACAUUAUGUUUUGGAUAUGUGUGCAGCACCAGGUUCUAAAACCGCUCAAUUAGUAGAAGCAUUACACGCAAAUGAUGAUAAAGAACAACCUACAGGGUUUGUAUUAGCUAAUGAUUCAGACUAUAAAAGAAGCCAUAUGUUGGUUCAUCAAAUUAAAAGAUUAAACUCACCUAAUUUUUUGGUUGUAAAUCAUGAUGCUCAAUUAUUUCCAAGAAUUAAAUUAAAUAAUGUUAAAGAAAAUUUGAAAUUUGAUAGAAUAUUAUGUGAUGUUCCAUGUUCUGGUGAUGGUACAAUGAGGAAAAAUAUAAAUAUUUGGAAAGAUUUUAGACCUGGAAAUGCUAUUGGUUUACAUCCUUUACAAUAUAAUAUUUUAAAUCGUGGAUUACAAUUAUUAAAAGCUGGUGGUAGAUUAGUUUAUUCAACUUGUUCAUUAUCACCAAUUGAAAAUGAAGCUAUUGUAGCUGAAGCUUUGAGACAAUGGGGUGAUAAAAUUAAAUUAGUAGAUGUAAGUCAAGAAUUACCUGGUUUAAAAAGAAGAGAGGGGAUUAAAGAUUGGGUAGUUUAUGGUAAAGAUAUGACAAUAAAACAAAGAGGAGAAGAUGAAGUAUUAACUGACUCAAUGUAUCCACCAACUGAAGAAAAUAUCAAGAGUGAACUAACAAAAUGUGUUAGAGUUUAUCCACAUUUACAAAACACAGGUGGGUUUUUUAUAACAGUUUUUGAAAAAAUUGAUAAUAACACGGAGAACAAUGGAUCAAAUAAACGUUCAGCUGAAGAAGUAGAUAUACUAGGCGAUAAAGAUACCAAAAAGCAAAAAGUUGAAGCAACUAAUGAUAUAGGAAUUGAAACACCAAACCCAACCACAACCACAACUACAGAAAAACCACUCACAAAGAAACAAAAGUUACCAAGAGAUGCAAAUGAAGAACCAUUCAUAUUCCUUGACCCAUCAAAUCCAGAAUUACAAAAAUGUUGGCCAUUCUAUGAUUUUAAACCAGAGUUUCCAAAAGAUUGUACACUAGUAAGAAAUAUAACUGGUGAACCACUAAGAACUAUCUACUAUGUAUCACCAAUAAUCAAAGAAAUUUUAAGUAUAAAUGAUCAAAAAUUAAAAUUAAUUCAUGGUGGUAUUAAAUUAUUUGUUAGUCAAAGAUCUGAGUUUGGUAAUGCAUGUCCAUGGAGAGUUCAAACUGAAGCUUUACAUACUAUUGAACAUUUCAUUGGAACAAAAAGACAUUUAAGUUGUAAUCUUAAGUUAUUAGAGUAUUUAUUCACUAAUGCGUUUCCGAAAAUUGAAGAAUUGAAAAAAUUGGAAAUAGAUCCACAAUUUAUACAAAGUUUAGAUAAAAUAGAAGAAGGUUGUUUGUUUUUAACUAUAAACAGAGAAGAUGAAGGUAAUGAAAGUUUAUUUUUACCAUUAUGGAAGGGGAAAACAAAUAUUAAUCUUAUGGUUAGUAAAAAAGAUACUCAUGAAUUAUUAAGUAGAGUUUUUGAUAUUGAUACAUCAGCUAAUGAUGUUGGUAAAGAAAAAAUUUAUCAAGAAAAAGUUGAAGCUGCUAAAAAGGAAAAAGAAAGUAGUGAAGCUCCAGAAGUUGCUGAAGAAACUCCAGAAAUUGAAGUAGAGACCAAGGAGGAAGAAACUAAAUAA